GUUUCUAAUGGCUCCUCCGCCAAAAGACAAGAAGCUGCAGCGGAGUAUGAAGCCACAAAGGCUGUGCUUAAGAUAAUGACUGAACAAGAGAAAUUCAGAGAAAAAAUCCAAACCAUAGAAGAAGAAGACAAACGCAUAACUGCAGAACAGCAAGCUGCUGUGAUGUCACAACUCCAGCUAGAGGAAAGAGAGGAAUCAGAACGCAAGUUGAAAAGAGAAAAAGAAAAGGCAGCUGUGAUAAAGAGACAACAAGAGGAAAGUGCUGCAAGGAGAAAGUCAGUCGAGGACUUAAAAAGGGAAAUUCAAAGACUGGAAAAUCUGAAAGGACUCAAUGCAGCAAAGGCAAAAUUACAAGUUUAUGAAGAGGACUACUUUUCAGUAAAGCAAGAAAGCAUCACUCCAAGUCCUGCAAACAUACAGUGGUCAUUUCUCCAAGAACUGCAGCAACCGAAUGACAUGCAACACAUGCUCCAAACGACAUCCCACAUGUCUGCAUGAAGAAAGACAAAGACAAGAGACAAAGAAAGAACAACCGAAAGACCAAGAAGCAGCUGAACGGAAGGAAACUCAGCAACAGGUAACACAGUCACAAGACGCAGUUAACGAAAUUACAUCUAACAGAGUGACUCAUGAAAGUAGAAACACACAGACAUCUGCAAUAGUACCUGUUUAUGUAUCCACACAAAAUGAGCCAAGCAAAGAAAUACUUACCUACGCUCUGCUGGACACACAGAGUGAUUCAUCUUUUAUUCUCAAUGAAGUAGCAAACAAUCUGGACACAGUUAAAACCCAGGUUAAGCUAAAAUUAUCUACGAUGUCAUCCAAGAAAACAAUUGUACCAUGUACAAAGCUUGAAGCUCUGCAAAUAAGAGGAUUGUUUUCCAAAAAGAAACUCACUGUGCCAAUUGCUUACACACGUGAUUUUAUACCUGCCAAUCGUAGCCAUAUUCCUACUCCAGACACGGCAAGGUCAUGGCCACAUUUGGAACAUCUCUCUGAAUACAUUGCUCCACCAUUGGACUGUGAGAUAGGACUCCUGUUAGGCUACAACUGUACACAAGCUUUAAUGCCCAGAGAAGUCAUAUGUGGUGAAGAAAACCAACCUUAUGCCCAGAAAACAGAUUUGGGCUGGAGCAUCAUAAGUUACUGUGAUUUAGUUGAUGCAGGCAGCGAUGUUAUUGGAGUAAGCCAUCGCAUCACUGUAAAGCAAGUAAUACCAGAGACUGAGCCAACCAUGAAGCUAAAGAAUAAGGUUCAUUACAUCUGCAAGACACAAGUAAAAGAAGUAACAGGACCAGAUGUAAUCAAAGCUCUUGAAGCAGAUUUUACAGAGAAAGCAGUGGAAGAAACAAGCAUUUCACAAGAAGAUGUCUGCUUCAUAAGAAAGCUACAAGAAGGAAUAAAACAAAAGCAGGAUGGACAUUUUGAAAUGCCCCUGCCUUUCAAAAACGACAGACCAAAUCUUCCCAACAACACGUCAUGUGCAAUGCAACGCUUAAGCAGUCUCAAACGCAGAUUCAUAAGGGAUCAAAGGUACUACUCUGAUUAUGUAAGGUUCAUGGAGGACAUUAUUGCAAGUGGUGACGCAGAGAAAGUGCCACAGAAAGAACUCUGUAAUUCCCCUGCCUGGUAUAUUCCCCACCAUGGGGUAUACCACCCUCAAAAGCCUGGCAAGAUUCGUGUAGUUUUUGACUGCUCUGCACAAUAUCAAGACACUUCGCUAAAUGAACACCUGCUUACAGGGCCUGACCUCACAAACACUUUAGUGGGAGUACUCUGUAGGUUCAGGAAAGGAUCAGUGGCUGUAAUGUGCGACGUGGAACGUAUGUUUCACCAGUUCCAUGUAACGCCCCAAGACCAGGAUUAUUUACGCUUCCUAUGGUGGGAGCAUGGUGAUCUAAGUGUUCCCCCCUCAGUCUAUCGCAUGAAGGUUCACCUGUUUGGUGCAGCUUCUUCACCUGGUUGUGCCAAUUUUGGUUUAAAACAUCUAGCCACACAAGGUGAGGGAAAGUUCUCUCCAAACACAGUGAAGUUCAUUCAAAGAAAUUUUUAUGUAGAUGAUGGACUUGUAAGUGUUAAAUCUGAAGCAGAAGCAAUCAAAUUAGUAAAAGAAGCAAGAGAGCUGUGUAGCACAGGCAAAUUAAGAUUACACAAAUUUGUUUCAAACAGUGACAAUGUGUUAAAGUCGCUGCCCAGAGAGGAGUGUGCUGACAGUGUUAAAGAUUUGGAUCUAGCACUUGGAGAGCCACUGAUGGAAAGAGCACUUGGUGUUAUGUGGUGCAUCUCUUCUGAUGAGUUUCAGUUCAGGAUAACAGUCAAAGAGCACCCAAUGACAAGAAGAGGAAUCCUGUGCACAGUAGCAUCAGUGUAUGAUCCACUGGGAUUUGUGGCACCCUUCAUCCUUAAAGGAAAACAAAUCUUGCAACAGCUAUGUCAAGAAAAGGUUGGAUGGGAUGAGCCUCUUUCGGAUCAACUCUACAGAGAGUGGGAAUCCUGGCUCCUAGAUCUUCAAAACUUGUCAAAGGUGAGAAUCCAAAGAUGCAUACUACCUGAAAACAGAGACAUCACACAGUGUGAUUUACAUCAUUUUUCAGACGCCAGUGUGACAGGCUAUGGACAAUGUAGCUACUUAAGAACAGUCACAUCCAAAGGAGAUGUUCACUGUGUGCUAGUCAUGGGAAAGGCACGCGUUGCUCCAACCAAAGUCACCACUGUCCCUAGACUUGAGUUAACAGCUGCAGUAGUUGCAGCAAGAACAAGUGUAAUGCUAAGAAGGGAACUGGAGAUCAGCAAUCUUCAAGAACAUUUCUGGACAGAUUCUAAAGUGGUGUUAGGAUAUGUGAAUAAUGAUGCCAAAAGAUUUCAUGUGUUUGUGGCAAAUAGGAUUCAAAUAAUAAAAUCACUCACAGACCCACAGCAGUGGCAUCAUGUACCAUCUGAGAAUAAUCCUGCAGACCAUGCAUCAAGAGGAUUAAGUGUCCAACAGCUUCUCAAAUCUAACUGGUUUAAAGGACCAGAGUUUUUGUGGCAAAAUGAACUACCCCUUGAAACUGACAAGAUAAGUGAAGUUGUUUCUAAUGACCCAGAACUGAAAGCCGUACAUGUGCUCAAAACAGAAGUACAAGAAAAGAGAACAAUACUUGAUCGUCUCAACAAAUUUUCUGAUUGGAGAAGAGCUGUUAAAGCUAUUGCUCGUUUAAGGAAAUUUGUGAAAGAUUUUAAAGGAGACACACAAACAAAAGGUGGAAGCACAUGUGUUGAGGACAGACGAGAAGCAGAAAUGUUCAUAAUAAACUUGCACAAGGAAACACUUUCAGCAAGGAAAUCAAGGACUUAA